AUGGCUGGAAAUGGCCUGGUGAAGAUCGAAGAAGAAUUACUUCAUUUAAAUCCAACAUACAAAAUAUUGUCCGCACGUGAUGGUGAUGCGUGUCGCCAAUUAGCAUUAGUUAAGAAAAAAUUUUCAUUGCAUGAAAAAUUUUCCGUCGAUUCAGUCUAUGGUGAAUAUGAAUUGGAAGCACUAGAUUUAUUAAAUAUUGAUGAAGAUACUUUAUCAACAAAAAAUAAAACUGAUGAUAAUCAAUCGAAUAUUCAAUUGAAAAUUACAACAUAUGAUUUGUUUGAUAAUGAUCAAUUUCAAUCAUCGAUGGAUGGUAAUUAUUUAAUUAAUAUUUUACCAUUUGUUCAUCAAUCAUCAAAUCAUUACGUUUUAUCAUCCAAUCAUGAAUUAAAGAAUGAUAAUCGUUUACUACAUAAUGAAGUUUUAACAGAUGGUAAUCAAUUUGGUGAUGAUAAUAUUUCACUAAAUCAUGAUUACGUACAAAUUAAUUGCAUUUUACCAGAAAUAGAACAAUAA